UUGAUGCCUCAGGCAGCAGAGGACCCUGACUAUGGGCCCUGCUGACCCGGGCAAGGCCCCAUUGUGAUGCGUGCCAUGACCUCAGAAUGUCACUGGUGCUUAGCACCUAUCCGCUCUCUGGCCUGCCUCAGUGUUCUACAGCAGUUACACACAGGCGGUGGUAUCUGUGAGCAGCUCUGUGGACUCAAAGGUUUUCUCCCUGAGAGGCAUAACCCAGGCCAGCUGAUUCAUCAGAAUCAGGUGAGUGUGACCUGCUCUCUUCCCUGCAGGUUGACUUGGGGACAGUGGCUACGGUGUGGGCGGUGUUGGCGUCUGUGGGGCAGCCACCGAGGAUGGUCAUCCCUGAGCACUCACCAGGCGCCCGUUCUACACUGCCCGUGUAGACGAUUGGCUCUUUCAUCCUCAUGGUGGCUUCGUAGAGUGGGUGCUGUUCCCAAAUGUACCCAUUCGACAGAUGAGACGUCUGGGGUCAGAGAGGCAGUAACCGGCCUGGGAAUCCAGACGUGACCCUGAGUUUUGCUCUCAGCCCUGCCGUGUGCUGUGCUGGAAUUCAGGCCUGAACCCUGUGACCUCCCUGCCCUAGAUCCCAAAUCUGCCCAGGUUUCUGAUCCCGAUGGGGCAGAGCCUGGUCCUGGCAGAGCCACUGGUAUAGAUCCACUGUGGGUGGGGUGAACAGGACGGUCCUCAGAACACCUCUGUGCCCUAAGCUGGGUCCUGAUGAUCGCUGUGGGCCCCAGUGAACACACAUGGUCCCUUGUCCGGAGGAGCCUGCUGUCCUUGGGCAGCUGUGGAAAAUGAAGAAGCCCUGGAGGGCUGGAUGAGGGGAGACUAUCGUCCCUUCUGUUCAAAGUGGUCCAGGCACUAGGGUUCUCCCCAGGUGUUUCUUGCUCUGUGUGGUCCUCUCGAGGCCUCGCCCUCCUUUUGCCCCGAGUAUUCCCAGGAGGGACGGUCCAUCCAGGUGUUCUCCAGGACCAAGGACCCACUGUUCUUCCUCAGUGACCCAGGAAAAUGAAGCCUCCUCCUCUAGGGACAGCUCAGAAUGGUGGACUCCACAGUCCCUCUGCAAGAGACGUGGUUUCCAUGAGUACAAUAGAUCUUUUUCAUCCCCAAACUGAACACCCUCCUGCUCAACAGGCAUUAUUCCUAAAGUGGAUUCACUGUUCAGACUGAAGGGCCGCGGUAGCCAAAGUGAUGAGCGGAGUAGAACCGAGCAGUCAGGAGAGAUCUUGUUCCCUGUAGGAAACGGGGCAUCUCUGUGGCCCUGAGCAUCCCAGGAGGCCGAGUGUACAGAGACCUCUGGUCGCUGAGCCCAGUCUGCCUCCACAUCCCUGGAAUAGCCCAUCAUGGGCCCUUCACCCUUGGCAGGUGGAAACCAUUCAACCUGCUGGGGCAGGAUGGACAUAGUAGAGGACGCGGACAGUUGGUGGGCACAAGAGCGAGAGGACAUCAUUAUGAAAUACGAAAAGGGACACCGAGCUGGGCUGCCAGAGGACAAGGGGCCUGUGCCUGUUGGAAUCUACGGCAACAUUGAUCACUUUGGAAUUCUGCAUGAGACGGAGCUGCCUCCUCUGGCUGCACAGGAGGUGAAGAAUCGGCGGGAGAUGAGACGGAGGAGCAAGUGGAGGAAAAUGCUGGGAGAAUGGGAGACGUAUAAGCACAGUACAAAACUCAUAGAUCGAGUGUACAAGGGAAUUCCCAUGAACAUCCGGGGCCCGGUGUGGUCAGUCCUCCUGAACAUUCAGGAAAUCAAGUUGAAAAACCUGAGAAAAUACAAGAUCAUGAAAGAGAAGGGCAAGAGGUCAUCUCAACACAUCCACCAGAUCGACCUGGACGUAAGCGGGACCUUAAGGAAGCAUAUCUUCUUCAGGGAUCGAUAUGGAGCCAAGCAGCGGGAACUAUUCUACAUCCUCCUGGCAUAUUCGCAGUAUAACCCGGAGGUGGGCUACUGCAGGGACCUCAGCCACAUCGCUGCAUUGUUCCUCCUUUACCUGCCUGAGGAGGAUGCAUUCUGGGCACUGGUGCAGCUGCUGGCCAGUGAGAGGCACUCUCUGCAGGGAUUUCACAGCCCAAAUGGUGGGACAGUCCAGGGGCUCCAAGACCAACAGGAGCAUGUGGUACCCACAUCACAACCCAAGACCAUGUGGCAUCAGGACAAGGAAGGUCUACGUGGGCACUGUUCCUCGUUAGGCUGCCUUAUCCGGACACUGAUUGACGGGAUCUCUCUCGGGCUCACCCUGCGCCUGUGGGACGUCUAUUUGCUGGAAGGAGAACAGGUGUUGAUGCCGAUGACAAGCAUUGCCUUUAAGGUUCAGCAGAAGCACCUCAUGAAGACGUCCAGGUGUGGCCUGUGGGCACGUUUUCCGAACCAGUUCGUUUACACCUGGGCCAGAGAUGAUGACACUGUGCUCAAGCAUCUUAGGGCCUCUAUGAAGAAACUAACGAGAAAGCAGGGGGACCUGCCAUGCCCAGCCAAACCCGAGCAAGGGUCCUCGGCAUCCAGGCCUGUGCCGGCUUCACGUGGUGGGAAGACCCUCUGCAAGGGGGACAGGCAGGCCCCUCCAGGCCCACCAGCCCGGUUCCAGCGGCCCAUUUGGUCAGCUUCCCCGCCAUGGGCACCUCGUUCUUCCACACCCUGUCCUGGUGGGGCUGUCCGGGAAGCCACCUACCCUGUGGGCACUCAGGGUGUGCCCAGCCUGGCCCUGGCUCAGGGAGGACCUCAGGGUUCCUGGAGAUUCCUGCAGUGGAACCCCAUGCCCCGCCUCCCAACGGACCUGGAUGUAGGGGGCCCUUGGUUCCCCCAUUAUGAUUUCGAACAGAGCUGCUGGGUCCGUGCCAUAUCCCAGGAGGACCAGCUGGCCACCUGCUGGCAGGCUGAACACCCUUCAGGGUUGAGAUUGGCUUUCUCUGCACUGAGUCACAACGUGGGCAUGGACUUCCCGGCCCUGCAGUGCACCCAGCACUGAAUCCGACGAGGGCACCCCCUUCAGAGCUAGGGACGAACAGCAGUGCGCUCCCACCUCAGGGCCUUGCCUCUGCUGCCUCCACUUGGAAAGUUCUCAGUUCCCUCCAGGCUUCUAGAAGCAUCUCGGCCAGGGCUCAUGGCUGGAUAAUUUCCCAAGGCUUAACAACCCAAGCAAGCUUCCCAUCCUCAUUUUAUUUUUUGUUAAACUUAUGAAAAUUUAUUAAGAAAGUGUGCAGCUCGAGAGACAUUCAGAAAUGGAACACACCAGCCCCAAGAUCACAAAGCCAACCAUGGCUAGCCCCUCCCAGCACCCCCAGCCCCACGACCAGCGUUCUGAAUUCUGAUGACACCAUGAGCCUGCCUUUGUACUUUAAACUCAUGGAAGGAUAACCACCUUCACGUUUUAAAAUAAAUGUUUCCUGUUGAAUGAUUUUA